AUGGUUCAAUUAAAUGAAGAAGAAGCAACUUAUUUUUUAAAUAUAGCAUUAAGAGAAGCUGAGAAAAGUUUACAUAUAGAAUUAAAAGAAAUGCCUAUAUUUUGUCUAAUAAUAAAUGAAGAAAAGAAAAUUAUAUCUAGUUCAUAUAAUCAAACAAAUGAAUCAAAAAAUGGAUGCAGACAUUGUGAAUUGAUUGCUAUUGAUAAAUAUAUUUAUAAUGAAAAUUAUGAACAGUUAAAAAACUUUAAUUUUAUUAAAUGCUUUAAUAAUAAAGAUAAUUAUAUAGAAGAUUCUUUAUGCAAUUAUAUGAAUGAAUCAUAUAAUAAUAAAAAAAUAAAAGACAUAAAUUUAUAUUAUAAAUAUCAAGAAAGAAAUGAAAAUGAAGUAUUUGAAAAAAAUAUAAAUGAGACGCAUAAUAAAAAUAACAAAAACGAAAAAUAUAAUGAAAAUUAUAAAGUUAUUUUAAAUUAUGAUGAAAAAAAAAAUGAAAUACAAGAAAAACUAAAUAACCUUAAAAAAUGUUGUAUUAUUGUAACUUGUGAACCAUGCAUUAUGUGUGUUUAUGCAUUAAAGUUAAUAG